AGAUCUGGAUUGAGAAUGUCAUAUGAAGUGGGAGAUCCAUAUGUGCUGUAUUGCCCAACAUUGCAAUGGUGAGAGUGAAGCAGUGGUCACAGGUGAUGCACAACAUGGAGAUCAAGCAUGCAAGAGAGAGGAUCCACAGCUAUAAAAUGUUUGAUAUUGAACCGAUGGAAGGUCGAAUGAAGCCUCUUGAAGGAAGAAUUUUUACAUUCAGUUUCAAGCCGAUUCUUGUUACCAGUACAGAUGACCAAUGUAGUGACCAUCUUGUGUAUCUAAGCAUUGAAAGAAUCCAGUUUAGUGAUUGCAAAGGGAGGGUCUCUGCAAGUCCUGUUGAAUGGCAGAAGGAAUUAACAGCUACUUCCUGUGAGGUGGAUGUAUGUAAAAUUCCUGAAAAUAUAGCUAAACCAUCUACUAUAGCUGUUGCUCCUACAGUGAGUGAUUUAGAUGUCCAGUAUAUGGAAUCAGAGCAAAAAAUCAGAGUGUACCUUUAUGGCAAGGCUCUAGUACCUUCAGUGAAAUUGAGACCUACAGAAUUGAUAAUAGAAUCAAUACCUAUUGGAAGCACUGCAGAACGUGAAGUGUGCCUAACAAAUACAGAGGAAUUACCAAUACAUGUUUCUUUUAGAAAGGCUACUAAUAUUUAUGUUACCCCAUCACAUGUUUUCUUGAAGCCUACAAGAUCAGUGGAAGUUUUACUCACAGUCAAACCUACUGCUACAGGACACACCCAGCAAAAAUUAUGGUUUACACUCUUGGCAAAAACAUGGCCACCAAUUGGCAACCCAUGCUUGGCCAAAGUGGGAUCUGUGUGUCUGCCUAUUACAUAUGAUUGUCCAGCUGUAACUACUAUACCGAAAACAGUCUUCACUAUGGGGAUUACACCAAUUAUAACAAAUGAAAUGGGAGUUGUAAAUGAAAGGAUUACAUUCUCUUCUGGAAUAGAAAAGCCACGAGCAGCUCUAGUAACACCUGUACUGUGGCAAAAGGUUCCACCAGGAACAUCAAGAUUUCCCCAAGAAGAAGCAAAAAUUGUAGUUGAGACCCUGCUACAAAAAUCACUUCAAAAUGAAUGUGAAGAAUUAUAUGACACCUACGCAAGCAGUUCAGAUGAAGGAAAUACUAACAUGGAGUUAUUGGUGCCUUUAAAGCAUUCAAAACGUUGCUAUAAACAGAAAGUAAUACUAACUACUGAAUACACCAAUGGUAGACUUGAAGACUCUCUAAUAGCUUUUCCUAAUGAUCGCUCCAAGUCACUUCGACCAUGGCCAAAACAUAAAAUUACAAGGGCAAUAUUUACUGGUGUUCCUCGCUACUCUCCUCCAACUGAUGUGCAGUAUACAUUUACAAAUAAAGAAUUUUUAAUUCGGCAAGAACAUGAAGACCUUUAUCUGGCUUACAUUAGAACAUUAUCAAAAACAAAGGAGACUGGUAGCCAAAAGGAGGAAAAUGGUUGCAGAACAAAGUGCAUUUGAAAAGACUAUAACUGUUCAUAAUUUUAAUUCAGU